CCAGUAGUCUGUAGUCGUCUGUAGCCCUGGCUCUGGCGCUCCGCAUCCACCAUCUGCGGCAGCAGGGGCUGGCGGCCCAGGCCCCUGCCCAGCCCCUUCCCUCAACCCCAUGUCUCAGCCCUAAGCCGGCUGCCCUCCCCGUCCGGGGACAUUUCUCCGUGCCCCUUGCCCGCCCCGUCCAACUCGGGCGCCAUGAAUGACCAAUAUCACCGGGCCGCCAGGGAUGGCUAUCUGGAGCUCCUCAAGGAGGCCACCCGGAAGGAGCUGAAUGCCCCCGACGAGGAUGGCAUGACCCCAACCCUCUGGGCUGCCUACCAUGGCAACCUGGAGUCGCUGCGCCUCAUUGUGAGCCGCGGAGGUGACCCGGAUAAGUGUGACAUCUGGGGAAACACACCCUUGCAUUUGGCAGCUUCCAAUGGCCACCUGCACUGCCUGUCCUUCCUCGUGUCGUUCGGAGCCAAUAUCUGGUGCCUGGACAAUGACUACCACACGCCGCUGGACAUGGCCGCUAUGAAGGGCCACAUGGAGUGUGUGCGCUAUCUGGAUUCCAUCGCAGCCAAGCAGAGCAGCCUCAACCCCAAGUUAGUGGGCAAGCUGAAGGACAAGGCGUUCCGCGAGGCGGAGCGGCGCAUCCGUGAAUGCGCCAAGAUGCAGCGCAAGCACCACGAGCGCAUGGAGCGGCGCUACCGGCGCGAGCUGGCCGAGCGCUCCGACACGCUCAGCUUCUCCAGCCUCACUUCUAGUACUCUGAGCCGCCGGCUGCAGCACAUGACGUUGGGCAGCCAGCUGCCCUACUCUCAGGCCACGCUGCACGGCACGGCCAAGGGCAAGGCCAAGAUCCAGAAGAAGCUGGAAAGGCGCAAGCAGGGGGUCGAGGGCACCUUCAAGGUCUCCGAGGAUGGGCGCAAAAGCGUGCGAUCGCUCUCGGGCCUGCAGCUGGGCAACGAUGUGAUGUUUGUGCGCCAGGGCACCUACGCCAACCCCAAGGAGUGGGGCCGUGCCCCACUCAGGGACAUGUUCCUCUCGGACGAGGACAGCGUCUCCCGUGCCACGCUGGCUGCCGAGCCCGCCCACUCGGAGGUCAGCACCGAUUCAGGCCACGACUCCUUGUUUACCCGCCCGGGCCUGGGUACCAUGGUGUUUCGAAGGAACUAUGUGAGCAGCGGGUUGCACGGGCUGGGCCGAGAGGAUGGGGGCUUGGAUGGGGCAGGCACGCCGCGGGGUCGGCUCCAUAGUUCCCCCAGCCUGGACGACGACAGCCUGGGCAGUGCCAACAGCUUGCAGGACCGCAGUUGCGGGGAAGAGUUGCCCUGGGAUGAACUAGACUUGGGCUUGGACGAGGACCUGGAGCCCGAGACCAGCCCCUUGGAGACCUUCCUGGCCUCGCUGCACAUGGAGGACUUUGCCUCCCUCCUGCGGCACGAGAAGAUUGACCUGGAGGCCCUGAUGCUGUGCUCUGACCUCGACCUACGCAGCAUCAGCGUGCCCCUGGGGCCUCGGAAGAAGAUCCUGGGGGCCGUGAGGAGGCGCAGGCAGGCUCUGGAGAGACCCCUGGCCCUGGAGGACACGGAGCUAUGAAAGGGCUCCUCUCCUCAGACCAAAUGAAUUGCAAGUUGCCACAACCCACGGUGGGGGCAAGAGGCCCUCACAAUCGCCAUUCCAGCUGUCCCUUCUCCAGGAGCAAGGGCCACAUGGGUCAUUUCCCUCUGAAACCUUGUCUGCACUCUGGUCUAACCUGGAGGCACCCGGAGGACCACAGCACUCCAGAGCACCACUUCUGAGGGGUGUUGGAGCCCCCCCAGCCACCUCCAUUGCAAAGCCCUGAAUUACAAGAGGAUUGGUCAACCCCAGAAAGAGAUCAGGGAUUGAUUAACCCUGAGGACUUGAUGCCAUCACAGCGGAGGUAGCAUGAGGGAGCUUGACCAGUCACAGGUCCAUCACUGGCCCCACCUGUCUUCUCCAGCCUUCUUGGGGUCUGUGGGGGUUCCUGUUCUUUCUCAGGGGUUGGAAACCUAUUGCUUCCUACUUACUAGAACAGAAGAGUUUGGGUACCCCCUCCUCAUGCACCCAAGAAGGGAGUUCCCCAGCCAGACUCUUCAGCCAAAUGCUCCACCUCUCGCUUCCCAGCACAUCCCCUCCUACAAAAGGCCAGUUCCCUCUUUCCACCCACUGACCAUGGCCACAGCCAGAAAGCUGGACUGCGGUAGACUGGAAUAAUUAAUGCUCCUUCCAGCUCAUUCUGGGGGUCUAGACCAUCUCCUUUAGCUUCACUCCACUCCACUAUGAAGCCUGGUUUCACCAGGGCUCCUUUCAGAGGACCGGAGGACCUAGAUGCAAGGUAGAGUAGAAUCAUGGCCCCCAGGCCUGGAAGUUGCAGGUGGCUGAAGAGAGGCAUCUGCCAGCUGCCUCGGGGUCUCCCGAGGACAGGCAAGGGCUGGACCUGGACACAGUCUAUGUCAAGCCCAGUGUGGGAAAGUUCUGUGAGGAAGAUGUUUGGGGCAUAGAGAACCUGAGGUCCUGACUGCUCUGAAGGUGGCUCGCUCGCUCUCUCUCUCUCUCUCUCCCUCUCCCUCUCCCUCCCUCUCCCUCCCCCCCCCCUCUCUCUCUCUGUGUUAGGUCUGGUUAGAGGAUUCCCUCUGCAUGGAUCAUAGGGAAGUGAGAAUUCACUGUGCGUCCAGCCCUGGAAUGGUGUGGAGGUAAAAACCAGAGCAAAGGCUAGCCCAGAGGUCCUCAGAGUGUGUCCUCACAGCAGUGUCACCACACCAAGGUAUGGAUGUGGUUAAGUCUCUCAGGAGCCACGUGCAUACAGAGUCACACCCAUCCUUCCAUCAAUACGCCCUUCCUGUCAGCAGUGGACCCCCAUCUCAGACUCGUGCUCCUCCUGCACAGUCUCUAGUUCCUCCUUGGACCCCCUAGACCGGGCAGAGGGAAGAACCCUCAAAGACCUCUGCGUUCUGUUUGGAGGUGCACUGUCCAUGCACACUGAGUGUGGCGGGGGUGGCUUUUGUCCCAUCACUAUGCUGAGUCUACCCCCCCCCCCCCCCGCCCCAGCCUGCUUGUUUUCUGGGCCCAAGCCUGGGGUCAUCUCCAAGUGCCGAGUCCUCUUUCUCAGAGCCCCAGGCACUGCCCUUUCCCACCACCUCUGACUGUUUACUGCCUGACCCUGCCUGGUUCUCCUUGCCCUGGGGCCAGAGGCUGUGACCCUCACCAUUGUGCCCCAAACCCUUCCUUUGGGCUAAUUAUAUUUUUUGUACAGCA